AUGGCUGCAAUGGCGAAUCUCACUAAUACCAUGGAAGAUAAUGCUGCUACGACUCUGCAAGCUGUGCAGAGAUUGGCCCAACCGACUGGGAAUGGCAAAGGGAAUGCCAAUGAUAAUGCUGAGGGUAACAGUGAUAACACAGGAGGAGUUCCGAUGACCUUGGCGACGUUCUUCAUGGCGCAGCAUGUUUCUCUCAAUCAAUAUGUGGAAUUUGUCGCUUAUCAACUAGCGAGAGAGGCUCAGCCCUGGUGGCAAGCUGAGUGUCGUUUGCUACAACUUCAAAACGCCGACAUUCCAUGGAAGGUGUUCCAAACGGCUUUCUAUAAGAAAUACUUUCCUGAGUCUGCAAGAGAACCAAAGGAGAUGGAGCUAAUGCAACUGAAUCAAGGUUUCAUGUCUGUGGUAGAAUACACCAACAAGUUUGAAGAGCUUUGUAGAUUUUCUUGGGUGUGUCAGGGUGACUCGGAGACCUUCGAGAGCUGGAGGUGUAUUAAGUACCAGAGGAGUUUGAAGGAUAGCAUUAUGACUGUUGUGGCUCCUAUGGAAAUCAUUGUUUUCUCCGACUUGGUGAACAAAGCAAGGGUAGUGGAGGAGUAUGGCAAGACCGUGGCGGCAUCCAAGGACGCUCAUGGAAGGAGCUCUAGUCGUGGGCGUGGCAAGUAUUUUCAUCCAAGAGGACAAAGCUUCAAAAGUGGAGGAUAUGCACCUCAAGGCCAAGGGGGCUUCAGAAAGAACAAUCAGAAUAAAUUCCAGUAUGCUAAAGGAAGAGAGAACAAGAGUGGUUGCUUCCGUUGUGGGUUACCUGGCCACAUUGCAAGGGAUUGCACUCGUGGGAGGAAUCAGAAUACGGACCAGAAUCAGCACCAAGGUCGAGUCUUUGCUGUGAAUGCCAAGGAUGCUUCCAAGGCGGAUCAGUUGAUGAGAGGUAUAUGUCUAAUUGGUGAUAAAUCCUUAGUUGCAUUAUAUGAUACUGGAGCUUCGCAUUAG